GAUUUUUCAAAAUUGCAAUAUCUAACGUCUGAUUUUAUUUUUUUAGUUAAUUUUUUAAUUUAUUGAUGAAGCGAUUUUGAGAAUAGGAGAAGUGAUUUUCAAACCUACAGUCUGCCUUCUCAGCAUUGGAAAAGUUUUCGAGGGAAAUCAAUUUUACGAUAAGCAUAACCAAUGAUGAGCAACACGAACACCUUCAUGCUGGUUGCCAGAAGAGUUCUUACCAAUAUCCAGAGCCGAACUCUGAGAUGCCCUUGCUUCUGUUCUCAAUCCUCUUCGUCUUCUCCUUCUGCGCUGAACAAUAAGCUCUUUGUUGCAGGGUUGUCGUGGUCAAUGGACGAGAGAUCCUUGAAAGAUGCGUUCUCUUCCUUUGGGGAGGUUACUGAAGUCAGAAUAGUGUAUGAUAAAGACUCAGGUCGAUCCAGAGGCUUUGGAUUUGUAAACUUUACAAAUGAAGAUGAUGCACAAUGUGCGAAAGAUGCAAUGGACGGAAAGGCCUUAUUAGGGCGACCAUUGAGGAUAAGCUUUGCCCUUGACAAGGUUCGUGGUGGACCUGUUGUCGUUCCUCGACUUUCAAAUGUCGGCAAUGUUGUGGGCCAGAAAUCUUGAAGCUCUUGGUGAAUACUAGACAAGAAGGAACCAACAGUGUGGAGAACCUCAAGUUUGGAUUGUUGAAUAAAGCCAAAAGAGAUACAAAAUUAGCUUUAUUGCUUGUAAGCUCUUAUGCCGACAUAUAUUGAAAUAAAUGAGGCAACAUAAUGCUUUGUAACACUACUUAUGGUCUUUCUUUUACUGGUCAUGAUAGAUAAUUGAUAUUUCACCUUCUUUUUUUUUUUCAGAAAUCUCGGUUUCCAUGUUUGUACUAUCCUUGUCUAGUUCAUUAGAUUUAUUUGAUUUGUGACAUGCUAUGUUCCCCUCUUCAUUCCCAAGUAAAGACGGAUGGUGAACUUGAAUUU